GUGGGGUGGGGGUGGAAGCUAUUUAAAUGUCCCCCAAAAAAGCAGAGCUCUCCAAACAGAAGCUGAGAGCAGUCCUUGAUUUUUCGUAGGCAUUAUGAAACAUCCAAAGAUGAAUCAUCCAGGGAUACUCUUGAGCUUGCUGCUCUUCUCUGGUGUUCGUGGUUUCCAGUACACCGAACUGGCAAACUAUGUGGAUAGUCAUCAAGAAGAGUAUGUCGAGGCUCUACGGGAAUGGGUGGCUGUUGAAAGUGACUCCACCAACAUCCUUAAAAGACCAGAAUUACACUACAUGAUGAAAUUGACUGCAAAGAAGCUUCGAGAAAUGGGAGGAAGCGUCAACUUAAUAGACGUUGGUAAUCAAGAGCUGCCUGACGGACGGAUUGUUAUGUUGCCAAAGGUUGUGACUGCUCAGUUUGGGAAUGAUUCAGACAAGCACACCGUGUGUAUCUACGGUCAUACAGAUGUCCAACCAGCAAAGCUUGUGGAUGGCUGGGCAACUGAUCCAUUCAACUUAACUGAACUCAAUGGUAACCUUUAUGGCAGAGGGGCAUCUGACAACAAAGCUCCAGUUUUAGCUUGGAUUCAUGCUGUGGACGCUUACCAGUCCCUUAAUAUGGAGUUACCAGUAAAUGUGAAAUUCCUUUUUGAGGGCAUGGAGGAAACGGGCUCCAAUGGUCUGGAUGCAAUGAUUCAGUCACACAGAGACACAUUUUUCUCUGAUGUGGAUUACAUUGUCAUUUCUGACUGUGGCUGGCUCAGCAGAAAACCGGCUCUAACCUACGGCACUCGAGGCAACUGCUAUUUCUUUGCUGAGGUUGAAGGCCCUAAGCAGGACUUACAUUCUGGUGUUUACGGAGGCACUGUGAUAGAACCAAUGACUGAUCUUAUUGGGCUUCUUGACUCUCUAAUAAGCCCAAGUGGUAAGAUCUUGGUUCCUGGAAUCACGGAAGCUGUCGCUCCCCUCUCUGUUGAAGAAUUGAAAACGUACCAAGACAUCCAGUUUGACCUUGACAACUACAAGAGCAAGAUUGGCGUUAGUGAGCUCAUGUACAAUAACAAGGUGGACUUGUUGACUCAUAAGUGGCGCUAUCCUACUGUCUCCAUCCAUGGCAUUGAGGGAGCAUUCUCUGACCCUGGCAUUAAAACCGUCAUCCCUGCUAAGGUUACUGCUAAAUUCUCCAUUAGACAAGUUCCUAAUAUGGAACCUGAGACAGUCAAAAAACAGGUCGCAGAGUACCUGCAUUCAAUGUUUGCCAAGAGGAGCAGUCCAAACAAACUAAAAGUCACAAUGGUGGUUGGAGCAAAGCCUUGGAUAGCUGAUCCUCGAGAUCUUCUCUAUGAGGCCGGGAAAGCAGCUGUCAACAGAGUUUUUAAUACAGAUCCUGAUUUGAUCCGUGAGGGUGGUACCAUCCCUAUCGCAAAAACCUUCCAAGAUGUGACUGGAAAAAGUAUCAUCAUGUUGCCCAUCGGUGGCUUUGACGAUGGGCUGCACUCGCAGAAUGAGAAAAUAAGCAGGUACAAUUACAUUGAAGGGACCAAGCUAUUUAUUGCAUACCUGUAUGAAGUGUCCCAGAUUAAGAAGAUCAGUAUAUAAGACAUUUCUGUGGCUUCAGUUUGUCAGUAACUUGUAUUAUUGUAAGUAGACAAAGUCACUUUGGUUGUUCACAUGAUCAAUGAUCGGACAAUUGUUUUUUCAUCCUCUGAGCUUAAUAGUUUCUAAUUAUUACUGACUCGUAAUUAUAAUAAAACUUGCUUGUCCACUCAGUUUGACAUGAUGCUUUGAUCAUUUCUGUAAGACGAUAUGAAAUGUACUACUACAGGCAAUUGAGCUCCCAAAAUAUUUUGCAUGCUGUAUUCCAAGUAAAUAAAAACAAUUGUAUGCUA